UCGGGUUGGUUGUCCUAAUUUCCAGCAUUCUACAUUUUCCAGCCGCGCACCGGAGUGAGCAGUGAGCUGUGACACAGUGAGCAAACGAGCAGCCCACCUCCUCCUAGCGACGAGCAGAAGCGCAACAGGACGACCUGAUUUCGAGUCGCUCUCUCUCCACAUCUGUCCGUCAUUGACCGGUCCUUAUCUCCGUUGGUUGCUUCUCACGUGGUUUUCCUCCGCUCUGCUCAGUGACGGAGAUGCAUCGCGUGGAAAACCAGGAGAAUUUUCUUUUGUGAUUGGGAGCGAGCGGGAGAGUUGAUGUGAGGGCUCCGGCUCACUGGUUCGAAUUGGGGAACGGAGCUCCAGUUCAGUGCCGUCAGAAACAUUGGCGCGUUCGGACACUGUCGGUAUUCGGGACUCGGUCGGAACCUGUGCUGGCCAGUUUGUUCUUUCCGCAGCAUCCAGCAGCAGUGACCCCUGUCGGUGUUGUUCUCUUGACUUUGGACGUGGUGUGGGCUGCCAAGGAUGUGAGAUGAGAAGGGAUGCUGGGUAGUGUGAGCGCGAGGUUGCCCUCGCCUGAUGAUGGUAGUGUCUGUUUGCGGUUUGGCAGCGUGUCGUCAUUGUGUGCGAACAGGUGAAGGGAAGUGAUGCGUGGGUAGUGGGUGGGUGGUGGUCCUUGGCCUAGGCCCGUGCGAAUCUUGUUGCUUGCUGGUGGUGCCUGCCGUGCUGAGUGCGUUUGUGUGUUGUUGAGGUGUAUGGUGGUUGGUUCGUCUGCAACAGGGGGUCAUUGUGAUAAGCGUGAAGAAGAGUGAAAGCUGCCGUGAGAAAACGCGACCUGGGAGAGCUUGCGGAGAGUGCUGACGUCGAGAGUGUGGGUUGUAGUAGAUGGUGCCUUAGCCAAGAGGAUGCUGGGAUUGUUCUGCGGAGUCAAGAGAAGAACGACGGCGUAGGAAUGGAAAACAGUUUUUAAUUAGAGGAAGAAUCGGAGAACAAUGGUCAAGUAGUGCCCCGUUAGAGAAGAACAACGGGCUGAUUGAGCGGGAAGAAUAGGGACAUUGCCAAGAGGAAGGAAGAAACGAGGCUAGCAUUCGCAUUCGACAUGCAUAAUUUCGUGUCCGGGAUGGUUCCGUGUCGUGUCAAGAAGAUACGUUGUGCCUGUGGAUUAUUAGCAGAAAAAUAUUUUUCAGAGAUGCAGAACCUCGAGUGCGUGCAUGCCAGACCAGGAAUUUAUUGCUGAAGGAUUUUCGUCGGUUUUUCCGUGCACGGUCGCCGAUCCGAACGAGAGCAAGCCGAGAAGAGUGAUUUCACUUCGGAAUAUUUAAAUAGCUAGCGCUGAAUUUUGCCUUGGAAUUCAACCACUGCGGCAGUUUUGGAAUUUGGAUUUCGGUACAGAAAAUUGAGUGAAGCAUCAAGCAUCAGGAACCAACGGAAUUUAUCAGAAAGAAGCAUAGCAAGAAAGUGUGAAAUCAAGGGAACGUGUGUAAAGUGCUACGUGUCGGAAGAUUUAUUGGCAAUAAUGGGGUAUAAUCAGCUAGAAAGCGGAAAAAUUCUUGGAAUGAGAGAAUAAAAGCACAUCCUGCAGCAGAUUGUACGUGAAUCUCCAUCUCUCACACUCUCCUGCGAAUAUAUAGCAUACUGCUGGUAGUGAUGCUGCAGACCAAGGCUUUAAGCCUAAAUUCAACGUUAAGUGCUAUACGUCAAUAAGAGAAGAAGAAACGUGUUUGCCGUCUAGGAAAUCCAGCGAUUUAAAGAACAACCCGUGUACAAAUAUGUGUACGUCUGAAGAUCAAGGAUAACAACGUCGAAUACUGAACUUUCACCAAAACGCUUUCGAACGGACGGAGCUCGUCGCCGAUGAUUGAACCGCCGAAAAGUUGAGCCUCAAACCAUUCAAAACCACUUUGUCGUGGAGGCGGCGCAAAAAUAUCAAAUAUCGCAGAAGCAGUGAAUGUGUCAACAGCGAGUGCAAUCCUCCUAGUGCAACGGUGAUGAAUAUUUCAUGAAAAGUCUCUUCGUGCUAGUUGCCCGACCACCAUUUGGCCAUCUGGCCGAGCAGUUUUUUUUUCUGAGCCUUUUGAUUCAACUUUGAUAGAACGUCGACUAGUGACGACGAGCGAAUGUGGUUCGACUCGAAGCGAAAAAAAAAAGAUCGCUUCAAUCGAAGCGGUGUUGCUGUGCCGACAAAGGAAGGGGAUAACUUCGUUCGAAGAAUAAUAUUUAUCGAAAUUGAUUGCUUGCGAGCGAAGAAUGAAAAUAAGUGAUGGAGCUGGAAAAAUAUUGAAUGUAAAUCUAGAAUAACAAAAGGGAGGAAAGAAAAACGGAAAUUGAUCCCCCGUUCGUAUCAUGCCAGAAGUUGCUGGCUGCUGAGGGAGCAGAUUAAUGGAAUACGUGAGCUGCAUGGGGAAAUAGUACCAAAGGUGAAAAAGAUGAUUGAAUCAUUGGAAAAGUGUCUGCAGCAACGGUGCCAAAAGUGAUAACAGGAAGUGAACGGAAAAUUAAGUUUGGAUUGUGCUUUCAGUGAAUUUUUGAGAAGAGAAGUUCACCGGAGAAAAACAUUGGAUAAUGAAGUUGAAGCUGAUUUGAACUACUUUUAUGAACAAGAUCUAAUCAUGGAAUGAUGUCGUCCCAAACGGAAGGCGCUGUUUACCAAUCAAACGUCAUUUAGUGUUAUUGUCCAGCCGGAGUUGUGCACCGGUAUCGAUGUUUUCGUCGUCGUCGACCGAUAAAAACGAAAAACUGCUUGGAAUUGAGAAAAGUUUUAUUUUCCACAUUUUUCACAUCACUCUAAGAAAAUGGGACGUGCAAGACGGAAAAGUGAGCUGCAAUUAUAGGGGGUCUUUCUGUUCGAGAGACAUGCCAGGCCAGAAAGAAGCGUGGCGCCAUCACGUGCCAAAGUCAGUGUCGUAGAACCCGCCGUAACCAACAGACUUCGGCUGGGCAGCAUCAGGAAAGGGCGGCGCUAGCAGGUGAGAGGGAACAGAUGCGCCAACGCUGCUGGUUCCCUUCCUGCCGCCGUUCCCGGUUCAAGGUUGGGCACAAAAGAUGAAGGUUGACAAGGCGGUAUGCACCGACACGUACGAAGAUUUGAGCCGAGCGAUACGGUUUGAGGCGGUCUUUUCGACGCUGGUCGAGAACAAGAUACUGGCAAUCAAGCGUGAAUGCGAGCUGAAAAAGCGUAACAAGAAAUCGAGAGUUAUCAGACGGAUUUUGUUUGGCAGGAAGUCCUGCAAAAAGGUUGGCAAGUGGGGUGGUGGUAGUGACAGUGGGAAGAAGAAAAAUGGAACAGUGAAGGAUGGCGAGAAGGAUAGUGAAGGGGGUGGUGGUGACGAGGGAGGUGGUAAUGUUGGGGCAAUUGGCGGGCUGCCGCUGGUGGAGAACUCGACCACAAGCGAUGGCGUUGACGAAGUUAUUGUUGAGAUUGGCGAUUUGUCGUCGUUGGUCGAUGCCGAUGGCAAUGUGGUUGCUGUCGACACCGGAGAUGACUAUCCAUCAAAGUCGGAAUCGGAAGUGGGUGGUGAUAGGCGAGCCACCAGACCGGAACACAGUGUGACAGCGGUGAAUCUGGAGUUGGGCAAUGAGGAGGACAGUGGAGGGGAGGCGUUCGGAGAGACGGACGAUCUGCCGUCGAAAAGUGAAGCGAUAGCACAAUCUUUAGAGUACGACAGGAAAUCAAUCAAAUCGAAUGAUAUCCGCAUUCGAGAAAGAUGCAAUACGUUAGAUCCAGUAAGUGUAUCCAUAGAAAUAGAACCACAUUCCGAUCCGCUUAGUACCCAGUAUGACAUCGAGGACAGCGCAACGAACGUGUCCAUCGAGUUGGAUGUUAGUGAAAUUUCCGAUAUGAAACGGAGCAUAGCCUCCGAACCGGUUCCCAUAAUUAAGAAUGUUAGUAGAUAUCGCCCAGGCACAUCCCGACAGCCGUCGCUCCUUGGUAUGGCUUCCCAUCGGUUGCGGGUCCUGGAGGCGAAAUCCAUCAGUGCCCAAAACAGCCCAAUCCUUCCCCGCCAGAAAUCGACCGAAGCUCGCCAUCUCACCUUCAGUACCGCCACAUACCAAACGACAUCGCCCAACCCGGUGGCGACGAAAUCGAAGAAAGACAUCGAAGACACCUCAUUCGUGAUCGAUCUCAGCCGAGAAAACGCUGACGACAACGUCAGCGCCACUAGCAAUCUUAGCAACUGUAACUCUAUUGUGAUACCGAAGGAUAAGCAACCGACUCUGGGCGACAGCAAACGAAGCAGUAGCCACAAGAAGUCACCGUUAGCAGUAGUAGGCGAUAGCAGUAGUAGUACUAGCGCUAGUAGGAAGAACAAAUUGAUCCCGACGUCGACGACGACCGCGAUGACAACGACCGCCAAACUACUUUACAGUGCAGAUCCCUCGCCUCCUCCAACGCCGGGGCUCAUCGAAAGCUUUAACCAACUCACGUCCCCCAAUCUGCCGCCUGUGAUAUCGAUGCGUCAGUCCGCGUCGCCGGUUAGUGAUAUGAUCAAGCUGCAUCGACUGUCCGCUGCUGGCGGCGGCGGUCGUUCGACGGCCGCACAAGCUCAAACGCAACAACCACACUCGCAGGAAUUUAGCAAUCCAUCGACGAAGAUGACGACGACAAUCAUUACCAGCAACGAGCUGGGCAGUCGGAAGCAGCGGCACGGGUUCCUAAGGCAAUCCAGCUGCGACGUGGAGAUGCACUACCAACAGCAACAGCAGCAGCAGCGACAGCCGGACGAAGUGCGGCAUUCGUCGAGGCAUAGUCGACGGGAAACGUUCGGAGCACAUCGAGCAAUGUCAUCGGCGGCAGCGGUGCAGCACAGCGGAGGCUUUGGGAUGAUCGGUUACGACGAUUACGGAGAUGAUCCGUUGAUGGCUGCUGGGGAGUUGAACGAGAGCGACGAGGAGAAGCUCAACAAGCGGAAAUACAAAUACUUGAAGCGCUGCUCGGACCCGGUAAUUGUGUUUCCUUCCACUAGCACUGGUGGCGGUGGCGGACCUAGUGGCGGAGGAAGCGGCCUACAACACUGUAUCCUCAGUCGACCACCAAACCAACCGAUCCAAUUCCCAUACGACGAGGACUUUAUGUACGACGUCUCGCUGCAGCUCGAACCCGAUCGGCAUGGGGAGCUCGAUUCGAUAGUGCCUGAACAUAGGAGAAGACAUAAGCAUAGACAUCAUCACCAUCAUCGACACUGUAAGAAGAAAAGACACAAGAAGCGGAAAAUCCUAGUUCAUGAUUUAGAUGAUCAAAGUGUUAAGGUUAUAGAUCCGGAUGAUCUUCCACAGCGCGCCCGUUGGACGAUUAUAGCAACCGCCUUCCUACUGCUGAUUAUGUGCCUACUCCUAGUCGGAAUCACCCUGCGGAUGGCGCCCAUCAUCGACGAUAUGGUUCGCCAGGAGAAUGAACGCCUCAUGCGGGAGUCCCUCGAUAGAGCUAAGAUGAUCAAAAACUACACCGAGUACAACCGGAUGAUUGGCGGUGACGAAAUUCCAUAACGAUUUUUGCCUACCCUGCUCAUCUGCUGGACCCUCCACCUGACGGCCUCCACCAUCCGGUCCUCGUCCUGAUUGGCAGCCUCAACAGCCAGCAAACAACAACCAUCAUCGUCCAGCGUCGUCCAGCAAACGCAGGUGCUACGGGCAGCGCAGAGCGACCAUAAUGGAUCAACGCACAUAUUUCAUCGUUUUCCGGCAGGAGGUGGUCCCAGUCCCGGUUCCGGUCCCCAUAGUAGGAAACAGGUAGGCCAAGCCACCAAGGCUCCUCCACCCACCCGGAGCAGCCAAUUUGGCCCCCAUCCAUCGCCGUUCAGAGCGGGUCGGGUACGACGCAUCGGAGUUCAAUCGAGCGUUUUCUAGCGAUUAUCGGGCUACCACUGCUACCACUGUUGUUGUUGUUGUUGUAUAUUUUUCGGCGAUUAUUUUUAAUUAGUGUGGAAAUUGCCAGUGGAAUUUCCAAUGAAAAUUCAAUUAAAAUAACGCCAACAGGUAGGUGGUUGGAUCGGACCUGGCUCCCAUGUUCAUUGGGUUCGAUGAAUGCAAAUGACGCUUUCCCGGGAAAAUGGCCAUACGGGCGAGAGCGUGGCUAUUUACGAUUUUCAAAGUUUUUUUUUUUAAUUUGAGUUUGUUCUUUUGGGAUAGAGAAUCUAGAGGGAAAAUUUCGGAAUUUCCAAGCUUUUCGAUACAUAUUUCACUAGCUAUUCCUCCGAAAUAUCACAAAAUCUAACCUGCAUUUCUUCAGAAAUCCUUAAGUGGAAUCUUCAGGAAUUCUUUGAGAAAUUUCAAAAAAUAAUCGGAGGAUUCAUUAAGAAAGCUAUUCAGGUUUUUUUUGGAAAUUCGUCCAGCGAUUUGAAAAAAAAAAUCUGCCAGCAAUGCAUUCGAAGAUUUCGCUGAGGGAAUUCCUUUAGAAAAUUCAUAGUUUCCUUCAAAGUUUUCUUCAGAAUACCCCAGAAAUAAUUCUAAGAUUUUUUUUUUGAUUCCUUAAGAAAAUCCUAUAGGAAAUCUUUUCAGAAAAUCUUCCAUGGAUUCCUAUUACGUGUUCUUUUAGAAAAUCAUUUGUGGAUUGCUUCAGAAAAAUUCUCUAGAAUUUCCUUCAGAAUUUCCUCUAGAACAUCCUUUAGAAAAUUCUUCAAGAAAAGCUUCGUUAGGUUGCUUUAAAAAUUCUUACAAAGAUUCUGUUGGAAAUCCGUUCGAGAAUUGUUUCAGGAAAUUAUCCACGGUUUCCUUCAGAAAUGCUUUCUGCGAUUCCGUCAGAAAAUCAAAAGUACAGAAUUCCUUAAGAAAUUUCUCUUUGGAUUUCCGAAUUUUCAGAAAUUCUUCCAGCGAUUCCUUAAGAAAUUUCCUUUUUCAAAAUUCUUUAUGAGACUCCUCCUUAAAUUUGUCCAAGGAUUCUUUUAAGAAGUCUUCUACGGAUUCCUUCCGAAAUUGCUUCGUGGAUUCCUUCAGAAAUUACUCCAGGAUUUCGAUUUUGAAAUCUACCAAGGUUUUUUUUCAAAAACUUUUCCAGCGGUUUCUUCGGGAUCAUUCCAGGAAUUCUUUAAAAAAAUCCCAAGGGCUUCUUUCAAUAAAUUUUCCAUCAAUUUCGCCAACAUUUAUGUUCAGUAGGAUUUCAGAUUUUUUUUCUACGAAUUCGUUUAGAAAAUCCUUUGGAAAUGUCUUCAGGGGUUCCCUCAGAAUUUCACUCAGGGAUUUCUUCAGAAAUUCUUUCAAAAAACUGUUUUUUUUUUAUCUUUCUUACAUUCCUUCCGAAAUUGCUCCAUGGAUUCCUUAAGAAAAUCCACCAGAAAGCCCUUCCAGAUCGUCUUUCAUGGAUUUCAAUUAAAUAAUUUCUACAGAAUUACCUCUAGAGGAUCCUUUAGGUUUAGGAUUCAUUUUUCUCCAGGAAAAGCUUCCUUGGGUUUCUUUAAAGUUUAAAAAUUCCUGAAAAGAUUAUUUUGGAAAUCCAUACGAGGAUUCUUUCACGAAAUUAUUCACGGAUUCUUCAGAAAUGCUUUCAGCGAUUCCGUCAGAAAAUCAAAAAAUCAGACAUCCUCGAGAAACUUCUCUUGGGAUUUCAUUAGAAAAUCUUCCACAUACUUCUUCAGAAAUUCUUCCAAAGUUUUCCGAAAUUCUUCAAAAGAUUCCUUUAAAAAUUUCCCUGGAGAUUCAACCAGAAAUUCUUUAUGAGAUUCCUCCACAAAUUUAUCCAAGGAUUCUUUUAGGAAAUCUUCUAUAGAUUCCUUCCGAAAUUGCUUCAUGGAUUUCUCCAGAAAUUACUCCAUGAGUUCGAUCUUUAAAUCUACGAAGGUUUAUUUCAAGUUUGUUUUUUGAAACUUUUUCAGCAAUUUCUUCAGAAAUCUUUCCAGGGAUUUAAAACAUCCCAAGGACUUCUUUUAAUAAUUUCCCCAGAAAUUUCUCCAAGAUUUUCAUCGGUUCCUUCUGAACCUCCCUGGCGGAGUUUAGACAUUUUUCUAGGAAUUUGUUUAGGAAAUCAUUGGGAAACUUCUUCUGGGAUUCCCUCAGAAUUUUCUAUGGGGAUUUCUUCAGAAAUUCUUUCAAAGAUUCUUUCAUAAAUUCUUCCAGUGCUAUCCUCAGAAAAUCCUGCAGAGAUUCCUUCCAAAAUUCUAACCUUUACUUAAACUUGAAGCAGUUUUCCAGAGAUUUUUUCAGGAAUUUCUCUAGGGAUUCCAUUAAAAAAUCUCGCGGGAAUGUCUUCAGAGAUUCAUACCGAAAAUUCUGCAGGAUUCUUGCAUUACUACUUUCCACAGAUUUUUGCAUUAUUACUUUAAGUGCUUCAGGCUGGAAUUUGUCCUAAGAUUCAUGCAGAUGUUUUUAUAGAUAUUCCUCGAUGUGUUUCUCCAAUUUUUUUUCGCAAUUUGUUCUAAAGAUAACUCGAAGAAUUUCUCCAUGAAUUAUUCCAUAAAUUCGUUGAAGAAUUAACUUAGAAAUAUUACUCAGGAUAUUCCAUAGAAAUUCCUUUACAAAUAUCUCAAAAGUUUGUUUUUCUUUAGAGAAACGUAUCUAGGCGUUUCUACAGGUCCAAUGUUUGUAAAUGUUUUCAGAAAAUUCUCCAAUAAUUUCAUAAAAGAAAUGUCUGUAGAAGUUUACCUAAAAACUAUUCUUGGAAUCUCAAAAUGUAUUUUCCGAGCCGUUCUCCAGGCAAAUCUCCAGGAGGUUCUCUAGAAAUAACUCCUGGGAUUCCUUUAAGAAUUUCUGAGGGAUUUUCAAAAAAAUUCAAAAAUUUCUGGUGGGGAUUCCUUGAAAAAUACCCCCAGGGACUUCUUCAGAAUAUUAGGAAUUUCUUCAAAUGUUCUUCCAUUUAGUAUUUCAAAAAUUUCCUUAAAAUAUAUUAAAAUUCUAAAGAGAUUCCUGAGAAAAUUCUUAGAAAGGGCUCAUCCAAGAAUUUCUUGAGAAAUAUUUUUAGAGAUUCCUGCAGAAAUUCCUACCAGGAUUUUAACAGAAAUUUAUUCUGCGGUUCAGUCAAAAAUAUCUCCUGAGAUUCCUUCAACAAAUCCUUCUGGAAUUAUUUCAGUUAUUCUCCCAGGAUUGUUUUUUCAGGAAAGAGCAAAAAAAAAACUGAAAGAAUACUCGAAAGAAUCUCCAAAUGAAUCCAUAAACAAGUCCCUAGAGGAUUAUCAGAAGGAAUUCCUUAAAAAAUUCUGGUGAAACCUAUGGAGUUUCUAAGAAGGAAUUCUUGAAAAAUUUCUGGAGAGGUUCCUGAAAAAAACCUGAAGCAAUAUAUGAAGUUAUCUCUGAAGUAAUUCCUGAAUAUUUGCCUGGGCUGAUGUCUAAAAAGUAUUUCCAAUGAAAAUUUCUUUAAUUCGUGGGGAAAUUUGUAGAGAAAUUUCUAAAGAAAUUUCUCAAAAAAGGUUUCUGCACAAAUCCUUGCAGUAUUUACAUAUAAAGGCGCAGGUGCAAUUCGUGAAGAAAUCCCUCAAUUCUGAGGGAUUCCUGGGGAAUUUUCAUAAGAAAUCCUUGGAAAAAUUUCUGGAGAUACCUCUGGAGAAAUUCUAAGAAGAAAUUGAGCGAUUGAUACACACAAAUCCCUGCAGUACUGUCUGGAGAAAUUUCUGAAGGGAAUCCUGCAGAAAUAAACAAAAUUAUGAGGGAAUCCUCUUAUGGGACCCUUCACAAAUCCCUGAAGUGCAGUCUGGAUAAAUUUCUGAAGCAAUUUCUGCAGAAACAAACGAAAUUAUUCAGGAAUUCUCCAAAGGAAUUCUUCUAAAGAACUAGAAAAGGGAUUCCUAAAAAAAGAAUAAUAAUGGAGGAAUCUUUGAAAAAAUACCUGGAAGAACUGGAGAAACCUCUGUAGUUUUCAUCUAUGAAAAAUAUCUCCUGGAAUUGUAGCUUUUUGAGAAAUCCUUGGAGGAGUUCCUGGAGAAACCCCUAAAAAAAUUGUUAAAGAAUUUCUUGAGAAAUUGUUAUAAGAAUUCCUAAAGAAAUCUCAAAGAAAAAGUCUUGAAAGAAAAUUCUGAUCAUGGAGCAAAGAAAAUACACGAAGGAAUACAUGCACAAACUUCUUUAGCUAUCCUUGAAGGAAUCCCUGAAAUAAUUACUGAAGGAAUUCAGCAGUAAUUACUGAAAAAAAGACACGUGGACCAGUUUCAAUUUGAAGCUGUUGAGUAAUUUCUUGAAAAACUCCUCAAGAAGACUCAAGAAAAGUUCCGUGGGGAAUUCCUGAAAAAAUCUCUAGUGGAAUCUUAGGAGAUUUUCAAUGAACUACUGGAAAAAAUGCAUUCUAUUGGGAUACCUGCAAUUAUUGCUGGAAUCAAAAACCUGUGAGAAUUAACUUUCUAUAAAAAAAAAAUCUGGAAAAAAAUUGAUAAAUCUUGAAAGAAUUCCUGAAGGAAUUUCUUGCCGUGGCCAUGGGAAACAUUCAAAAAUAAAUCUCGGAGGAAUAUUUAUAAGAAUUCUUGCUGAACUCAUAAAAAGAAUUUCUGCAAGAAUGUCCCUUCCGCGAUAAUUACGGAAAAAUUUCAUGAAAUUAUUCUUAUAAUUCUUUAUUUGACGCAAAAAUGAGCUCAUUUCCAAGGGGCUGCUCCACUAUAGCAGGCGCUCAAAUUUGGAAACCUUGAGUUACCAGCUCUGAUCUUACGAUGGCAGCACUGGCUGCACAUAAACUUCGUUUCAAAGAAAAAUAUUUCUACUUCAGUUCUUUUCUAGGAGACCCUUAUAGUAAUUUCCAGAAACAUUCUUUUAAACAAGAGUUAUUAUUUAAAUGCUAGAACUGAUUAAAAAUGUGAAUGGAACUCUAUUAUUUGUGGAUAAAGCAUGAAAUAUUAAUGGCGCUCUCUUCAAAGAUUGCUUUUAUUGAUUCUUUCAUAAACUUCAAGAAAUAUUACAGAUGCCAUAUUGAAACUUUCAAUGAUGUCAUUAUCCUCAUGUUAGCUUCAGUAUUGGAAGAUAUCCUAGCUGAGCUUUGCACCAACCAUUCUAUCAUUUGAAAUUCUUUCACUUUAUGCUAACCUUAGCUGGAUUAUCCUGCAAUAUUAUAGCUAACAUGGCGACCGUGACAUUGCUUCAAGUUGCAAUAUGGCGACCGUGAUUUUUCUCGAGAUUCAUAAAGUUACACUAGUUUACAGCAUUUUGAACUCUGUAAGUAGCUUAUCAUUUUUAGUGUAGAAUCAUGUCCUGAAAUUGAAAACGUAAAGGAAAACAAGGCUUACGAUUUGAACUUGAUUUGUGAUUUAUUUUUAAACAAAGUUGCUCCCUUCAUACAUCUCAUUCUCCGCAUCUCAUCUCUAAUGCUUAAAUUGAGCAGUACCUUUAUAUACUGCUGGAAUUUGUCUCCAGAUACACUCAAACCUCCAUUUAGGUAGGAUCCAUUUAGGUAAAAUCCAUUUAGGUCCCUCCAUUUAGGUAACGUUAGUACGUUACCUAAAUAGAAUUUGGUUAUAUUCAGAACUGUUGGAGUACUUAAGAUUGAUGACGUCAUAUCCGACAUUAACCUAUCAUUCACCUGUUUUUAUUUUGGCCUCCAAACCCAACAUAGACCCAACAGUUGUUCGAUGUUGGUCCAACAGUGGCCCAACAUACGAUAAAAUUUACCCGACAUUCAACAAUUUUUCAGUCUGGCGGAAUUUUUCAGAGUUUUUUCUGUUCCGUGCCCAGCUAGUCAUUUGCAUGACAAUUCUCACUUGAGACCCUCCAAAACCCGCGAAAACGCCCCUGAAGCCCCUCCCCUCCAGAAACUCCCUUGAAAGUUCUCUGAAACUCCGCAUGACCAUCUUUAAAUCUCCUAUUCGAGUCACUCUCUCUAGUUAAACUUCUUUGCAACCUUGUACUCCAUUUAUGUAAUGAACUGAAUCCAUUUAGGUAAUGAAUCCAUUUAGGUAAAAAUUCUAUCUAGGCAGUCCCGACUCAUUACCUAAAUGGAGGUUUUGGUGUACUGAAAUAACCAUGUAAAGCUUCGUGUGUAUCUUAUUUAUGUUAUGUUCAGUCCAAUGAGACUAAAUAAAUUGUUGACACGGUCUCAUGAGAGGAUAACACGUUUGAUUUAUAAGCACAUGGUCAUGGGUUCAAAUCUCGGCUGCGUCAUCAACAUUUUUUUUGUCAAGCCCUUACAAGUAGUGACAUUGUAGCGUGCCAAAAAUUUACUGCUGGAGGUCUAAUACGGUGCAAAAGUGUUGAAAUAAUUCUAAAAAUUGAAUAGGUGACUUUAAUGGUAAAAUCAUAAAGUUGGAAACGAAAAAUAUUGAUAUUGUGACUAUUGUGACCGUUUGCAUAUGCCGGUUUAAGUAACAUAAAGUUUUCUGAAUGCAAGGUAUAAGAAAAGUCACGGUCGCCAUGUAGUGAAAAUACACAAAAGCAGACCAAAAACUGUUCUUGUGUAAAAAAAUUUGAAGCAUCACAAAUUUUGGUCGAUGAUAGAAGUUUACGACUUUCGUUUUAUUCAAUUUCAUACUAGAUUAUAAACAAGUUUAAACAAAACGUUUCAACAAAUAUUUUUGCCCGGGAUAGCGUUUCAUUUCCAUUCAUCGUCCAUCCGAAAAUUACUUUUACUAUCCGCCAUCAACAACCACUGCCUAUCAAUGUCCAUCAUCCGGUUACACUCACAAUUUCCGACGAAAGAUACACGGAUGCAACGCAACAUGGGGACGAGAAUAAUUGUUGGUUGGUUAACUUUUAGUUAUCACUCAUCAGUGAGAGAAAUUGUUCAAACCAAAACUGUUUUCGGCCGAAGGGUUGUAGCGUACAGGGAAUGCUCCUAAUUGCAGCUGUUGUUAUAAGUAGAUUCCACACUGUGUUGAUUAUGUGCUAAACUUUAAUAAACUGGAAACCAGAGAUCAAUA